AUGGCACGGCGAGAGAUUACAGAACCCACCGUUCUUGCAACUCCGAACGGCGACUUGGCACCGGACGCGGGGGGUUGGUCGCGCAAGCCGCUGCAUACCAGCGACAACAUUCCCCACGGUCUGUACUACCUGUGGCGGACGAAGAAGUGGGACUAUUGGGGGAUCACCACCCCCGAGCUCGUGCUGGGUCUGACUGUCGCCGACCUCGACUAUGCAAACUUUGUACAGGUGUACCUGUACGACCGCUCCACAAAGGAGACCAUCGCCGAGGAGCACGCGCCACUUCUGAACGGCCGCGGAGUGGAGCUGCCCACGAGCCUGCCUCCCCUCAAAGUCUACGGCUCGAGCAACGGCAUCACACUCGAUUUUGAGGAGGUGGACACCUCCCGUACCAUUAUCCGCGUCAAGUCGCCUCGCGUGACGGCCGAGCUCACGGUCGACACGUCUGGCGAGUCGCUCUCGGUCGCCGUGCCGUGGGGCAAGGCACGAUACUUUUACACCGUCAAGGCGCCCAGUCUCCCCGUCACUGGCACCGUCACGAUCGACGGCAGCCGCACGCACACGGUGGGCCAAGACGCGUUCGCCGUGCUGGACCGUGGCCGUGGACGCUGGAACUACCGGAACGUCUGGAACUGGGCCGCUGCGGGCGGCGUCAACCCCGACGGCCAGCGCAUCGGGUUCACCCUCGGCGCCAACGCCAAGCCUAACGGCGACACGGAGAAUGCGCUUGUCGUCGACAAGGUGCUCGAUUUUGGACACCCACAGAUCAAAUGGGAGUACAACAUCGACAAGCCCGAGGAGCCGUGGACCCUCAAGGCCGACUGGAUCGAGGCGACGGUCACGCCGUGGCAUGUACGUAAGGCGAGUAUCAACAGGCUGCUCGUCGCCAGCAGUACGAUCCAGGUGUUCGGCGACUGGUCCGGCUGGGCGAGGCUCAAGGACGGCACGCGGGUCAGCCUCGAUGGGCUGACUGGGUUCGCCGAGGAGGCAUGGCAGAGGUAUUGA